UGACUACAUCAUGGACUACAUAGUAAAGUAAACGUUACUAAAUGCAGAUUAUGUACAAUGAGCUGCAACGGGCCCGAAUUCUCGUUGGUGGCAAGCUUCCCGAUGUGCGUUGUGGAUAAUCCUGCUGGCCACAGACUACCACAAUAUGGCUAUACCGCAGCAACUUCCAUCGAGCUUCGUUGGACCUCCAAUUCAGCCUUCAUAAUCAUUUGGCUUUCGUAAAACUAAAAAAUUCAGGACCUGCCAGAACUAGUUAUAGUUAGAGUGGAAAUGGCGGCUGAUUGAAGCUCGCAAGGAUAAGUGAAUGUCCGAUUAUUCUGGGAGUGAACUAGAAAACAGAUAGGUAGCGGUCUUUGAACCAGGGACCUUGAUGAUAAAGCCCCUAUUUAAUAUUAAUGAUCGCCACGUGUCUCGUCCGCGUCUGCUUCGAUCCGUGAUUUUUUACGACUACCCUGGAGUUUGGAAGCUUAUACACUGCCAACUUCCUGCGUGCAUGGGUGCCUCACAGUCGACUUCUGAGGCUCACUCUCCUUCGCAAGCUCUCCACGUUCUCAGGGUCACCCCUUCUUCUCCAGCAUCCCAAACGAAUAUCGAACCGUUUUUCGACUUCAUCGUAGGCUUCGAAGGAGAUUCGCUGUCAUCUCACAGUAACAUUGAUGUUAACGAGCUUGAGACGAUUGUUGAAGCGCACGAAGGACGCGUUCUCAAUCUACUUGUAUGGAGUAGCAAAAAUCAAGAUACCCGAGUGGUUCCGAUCACUCCAUCUCGGCGAUGGUCCCAAUUAUCGCCUGAAGAAUAUCAGAACGAUUCGAAUGCACAACCUUCGUUACUAGGAUUGAGCAUGCGUAUGUGCGCUCCGGAAUACGCCAAUAACGUCUGGCAUGUCCUUGACGUUUUAGAAGGGAGCCCAGCUGAAAGUGCUGGACUUGUUCCAUACGGGGAUUACAUCAUAGGAUGGUCUGGAGGUGUGCUCAGUGCUGAGAAUGAUUUCUAUGAUUUAGUUGAAGCACACAUUGACAAACCCCUGCGGGUAUAUGUGUAUUCCCAUGAUUUCGACGCGCUUCGCGAAGUCGUUCUGGUUCCAAACCGGCAUUGGGGUGGUGAAGGCUUAUUGGGCUGUGUAUUUGGGUGAGUAUCAUUCUUUAGGACAGUCCGUACCCUAAUUCUUUUGCUAUAGCUUCGGUUUACUUCACCGUAUCCCUCCUCCGGAUCCUGACCAUGUACCUGGCUCUACGCCACCCGAACUUA